AAUUACCCAAGCCUAACUUACUGGUACGUUGCUGAACCCACGCAUGCACGAAUUUCCGAGCAAAAUUUCUUCCAACAAUCGAUUUAUCCCGUCCGAAACCGCCCCGACUGACGAUUUUUGUCCCAGUUUCGAUCGAGUCCCCCGAUCCCCCGCAAUCGAAUUUCGCCCAUCAUGUCGUCCGCCGAAGUCCAAGAACGCCUCAAGAAGCUCGGCCUGAGCGCCCGAACUGGUGGAAAGGGUACCCCCCGACGAAAGGUCAAGCGUGCGCCCGCCCGCUCCGGCGCUGACGACAAGAAGCUUCAGCUCGCCCUUAAGAAGCUGAACACUCAGCCCAUCCAGGCUAUUGAGGAGGUCAACAUGUUCAAGCAGGACGGAAACGUCAUUCACUUCGCUGCUCCCAAGGUUCACGCUGCUGUUCCUUCCAACACCUUUGCCAUCUAUGGUAACGGUGAGGACAAGGAGCUCACCGAGCUUGUCCCCGGUAUCCUUAACCAGCUCGGCCCCGACUCCCUUGCUUCUCUGCGCAAGCUCGCCGAGAGCUACCAGAACCUCCAGAAGGAGAAGGGGGAGGACGAUGACGAGAUCCCCGACUUGGUCGAGGGCGAGAACUUCGAGAACGAGCCCAAGGUCGAGUAAAGUUACUCUACACAGUCAAGGGCGAAGGGGUAGUGAAAUCGUAGGUCUGUUCGGCCAAGAGGCUGGCUAGUUUCUCCUACGAGGCGGGUUUUAUGUUUCCCCCCUUUUGGGCAGUCGUAACAGUCACUCCCCCGCUCUCUAUGUUGUGUAGCAGAGGAGUAGGUAUGGGUACGCAAAAGGUCACAGCUUGGGAAUGUCAUGGUGGAAUGGCGACCUUAUGCUGGCUGAGGUUGAUUGAUCUGUACGAACAAACAAAAUACGACUUACAUCGGGAGAAAUACCAAUCUCUAAUGAUGUCAAUGAUUGCUACGUUUUUCUAGUUGGAAAUCUGACCCUCCGUCAUUUCUGAUCCA